ACUCUGUAUCCCAGCAUCCACCGCGGCCCCACCCCUGGUUAUCUCCCUGACGGUCAGAGCAGAGGGGAGGCCUCUUCGUCUAGCUACCCUCAAAACUUGAGCACUGCUUACUGUGUACUGUGGUAAGUUAAAGAGUAAAUCAUGCAUAUUUCGAGUGAGAUGUUAAAAACUGAAAGCUUGUGUGUUUUGGUGUAAAACCAGCGGCCGUUACUUCAGGUUAGCCCCGUUUCUGCUCGUCUCGGGCGGCUUGCAUGAAGCCGCUUCGCUAGCUCUGUUCUCUGAUGUCCGGCUGAAAAAACCCUCUAAUGUGGGACUUUGUAGUUUCCAGCGUCAAACAGACGACAAAAGAGUCAAAUACAUUGCCGAAGCCGGGAAACAUGAGGUAACUGGAGAGUUUUAGUGUCAGCAUGGAGAUGUUAUUAAAGUAUCAAAGUCAUCUGAGCCGCUCGGCUAACAUUAACUAACUUCGCAUGUCAGAAACUGUCCCCUUUUCUAGCCUAAGUUAGCUGACCUGAGGUGAUGAAGACAGAUUAUUUUAUGUUGUGUUCAAAGUUAUUAAGUAAAAGCACGGAUUUUAACCUCUUCAAAUUGAAGGUAUAGUUUUGUCCCAUCCUGUUUUGACAGCUCAGUGUGACUUGUUUCUCUUUCAUGUGUAUCACCAUGUCCUGUAAUCGGCUUUGAGUUAUUUCUGUCCGUGCUCAGAGACACUGAGUGAGUUUUGUGGUUAGCUAAGGUAACAUUGUGGAGGACCUUUGGUGCACAACCAUCUAAGCAGAAGUGCUGGAGCUUAAACUCGUGGUAUUUGUUAUGUUAAAGCUUUGGAAAGUUCCAUUACCUGUCAUGCUUCAUCUGUGAAAUAUCAUCAGCAACUACGUUUUUGCAAAUAUUGUCACCAAAAUGGAUGGAAAACAAACUAGGGAUGCAAAAAAGCAGUGAGCCUAGAGUAUGAUUGUAACUGCAUGGCUUUGUUUUUGUGACUUACAUUACGGUUUCAAUAUUCUACCUAAAUCUCGUUAUAGCUGAGAAUCUAAACUGUCCACACAGAACAUCAUUGGGUAACAAGGACUCCAAAAUCAGAGCUUUUCAGUCCAUCCAAAAGCUUGAAGUCUGAGUUUUACCAGGUCAAGACCAUAGGCUGUAUGACAGUCCCAACCAGGUUAGCAUUGCCAAGUAAGUUGGCAUGGUUGUCUUGCCAUGUCAGCUUCCAGCCAGCUGUGCUGCUAAUAGAUGUCUUGUUCAAAAGAUCACCCAGCCUCUUAUUUAGAUUUUUUUGGAGGGCAUUUGCACUAAUGCAAACCGUGACACUGAGUGCUUCCAGUGCUAAAUGCUGCUUGUGCUGUGUGUCUCCACCUUUCACGACAUCCUGUAUAUUUUGUGUAUACUGAUUGGACUGAGUCUGUGUGACUGUUUGUUCUAACUAUGUAUUGCUGCCAUUCUUGGUCAGGUCUCCCUUGCAAAUAAGAUCCUCAGUUCUCAAUGGGACAAACCUGGUUAAAUAAAGGUUAAAUAACAUUAAAAAAAAAUUGGAUAUUUACUCACAUGGUAGUUGAGUGUGAAGAAUGAAAUAAAAGUUCUACUUACAAGUGCGUAUUUAACCAGGCGGUUGAGAAACAAACUCAAAACUGACACUGGUCUCUCUUUGUGAGUUAGAAUAGCAUGAAAGACAAUAAUAAGCCGCAUGAUUUUCCAUCUCUACAACACUCUUUUUACAUUAUCUGCAAGAAAUAUUUGGGGUGAAUGAUAUAAUUGACUGUUUAAAGAAAACAGGAUGACUCCUUAUCAGAAAAAAAAAGAAAUUAUAAUAAUGGAAAAGAUUUGUUCUGUCUGUUAAGAAAACUUAAGUGUUUGCUGCCAUUGCCCAUUCCUGUGUUUGUUGAUGCUUUUGCUCUUGUUAUAUAAGUUUUCAUCAUUGUACAGCAAGACCAGAUCUCAAGAAAACAUCCAAAAUGUUCUCAACAAAACUGGGAAACACUCACACAAAAUGUAUGGAUGUGUGUCUACUUAGAACUUCUAUAACUUCAGACAACUGUCAAAAUAAUUCUUCGAUCCAAAGAGAAAAUAAUCAGUUCAGUCUAUUGUUUUUGUUUUUGUAAGUAUCUUGUUGCAGCCUCUGUAAAUUCCCUUGCGCUGCUUUCUGUUUUAGGCUUUCUGAAGUUCGCCAUGGAGCCAUCAGGAAGUACUAAAAUAUCUUCAUCAAGCAACCACACCCAAAACUCAACAGGUGUCGGUGGAUGCCCAUGGGAGGUCACUGACAAGGCCAGACUGUGCCGCUUCCUCUGCUACGGCUCAGAGGGAGACAUAUACACAGCCAGGGAGGAGGGGCAGCUCAACAUGGAGAGCUCAGCAGCUCUUCUCUCUUUGCUGCAGGAGGGACGAGGCGCUGAGGUGGUGGAGGAGAUAAAAAGGUUCAGUCAGGAUGGACGUGUUGUUAGACUUGGCCCCUCGUUUUUUGCCUUGGCUUUGUGCUCCCAGCACUCGGAGCUGAAGACGAGGCAGGCAGCGUUCAAAGCUGUAAAGGAAGUUUGUCGGGACCCUGCCCACCUGUUCUCUUUCAUACAGAACAAGAAAGAAUUGAAGGAGGGUAUGAAGUGUGGGAUUUGGGGACGUGCCCUGAGAAAAGCCGUGUCUGACUGGUACAAUGAACAGGAUGCCAUGAGUCUGGCUGCGGCUGUGACCAAAUGUAAACAAAGGGAGGGAUGGACGCACCAGGAUCUGCUCAGGCUCUCUCACACCAAACCGGCCAAUGAAGGUGAGCUGACACAAUAUUAGCCAUGUUAUGCACUGCUUUUUAAAGGGGAGUGGCUCAGAUAUUGUACAAAUUACACUGUUUAUUUAUUAUUUAUAAUGAUAUUUUUCUUCUUACGCUGCAUACAGUGUUCGUGCCUGUGGGUCACAGACACAGGCAACCACAACUGCAAAAAUAAAGUUUAACUCUAACUUGGUGAAUGUAAAAGCCUUAAUGAGUCUUACCAAGGACCAGACAGACACAGUUUGUAUGAUGUGAAUGAAAAAGCAGAAAAAAUCUUCAAUCUCAGAGAUAAAAUAGUGAGAACACAAACUCUAAGGCUGAAAAAAUGUGGUUGCUUAAUGCAUGAAUAUGUUCUUCCACCAAUUUAGUAUUGAUUCAAAUAUCAGUUUUUCUGUUAUAAUGAAGCUUUGUGUGCAGUUUUUAUGAUGCUGAACCAUGAUUUCUGUUGUACAAUACCCCUCUUAAUAAAUACAACUGUUGUUUUGUCAGUUAGGACGGAGAUGCACCAAAUCUAUCGAGUUGCAGUCUGAGAAGUGCCACCAAACUCUAUAUGACUCUAUAAUUACUGAUAUGCCAGCUGUUAUUUCUCAAGAACAUGACACUAGUAAACUACAACUACUUAUGUGUGACGGUUGUGCCUCUAUGUUCACAGCAAUUGCCCUGAUCAGCAAAUAUGUAACAAAAGGAUGGAAAGAAGUCCAGGCGGCGUACGCUGACAAAGAGAACUCUGAGGAGGUUGUCAAAGUGCUUUCAUAUCUGGAAGUGGUGGAGAAGGUGAAGCACAGUAGUGAUGAAACAGAGGUCAUCAGUCUAAUAGAGGAACACAAACUGGAGAGGGAGCAGCUGCUGACAGACCACCUCAAGUCCAAACAGGUGAGUGUUCGCAGAGCCUUCCAGAUACACCCAUCAGCCUUCACAUUAUGACCAUUUACAUGUGAAGUGAAUAUCAUAGGUUGUCUCGUUAUAGUCACCGUUGUCAGUGAGUGAGAUAAGUGAGGCUGAAAGUGAACAUGUUGUCCUUGGAGUUGAUGUGUUUGAUGCAGGGAAAGUGGGCAAGCAUGAGGAUGUGAGUCAGUCUGGUGCCUGGACAGCUGGGUCAGAGCUUUUGUGCAUUAUUAUUAUCCUGCAGUAGUUGGUGCAUAAGUGACAGUGACAGUAUUCUAUUAUGGUGUUUGAAAAUCUGAAGGGAUCACACAUGGAGAGUCAUGUUUCUUCCCUUUGACCCCCCUCUCUUUUUAAAACCAGCCUGUGAUGCUCAGACACAACUUACAGUGGUGUGAAAAUGUGUUAGCCCCCUUCCUGAUUUCUUAUUUUUUUGCAUGUUUGUCACACUUAAAUGUUUCAGAUCAUCAAACAAAUUUAAAUGUUUGUCAAAGACAACACAAGUGAACACAAAAUGCAGUUUUUAAAUGAAGGUUUUAUUAUUGAGGGAGAAAAAUCCAAGAGACUCCGUAAGAGACUCAUUGGAAGUUAUUGUAAAUGCUUGAUUGCAGUUGUUGCUGCUAAGGGUGGCCCAACCAGUUAUUAGGUUUAGGGGGCAAUCACUUUUUCACACAGGGCCAUGUAGGUUUGGAUUUUUUUUUUCUCCUUUUAAUAAUGAAAACCUUCAUUUAAAAACUGCAUUUUGUGUUCGCUUGUGUUGGGUCAAGGGUUAAAAUUUGCUCCAAACCAUCAGCUGGUUGAACACUUUUUAUAACCGUACAUUAUUUCGUGCAAGCAGAAGAUACGAAGUUUAAUGCAGACCUGAAAAAUGAGGGGAAAAUCUUGAAAAGGUUUUGAGCUAAUACUUUGCACAGUUUUGGCGGGGCAGCAGUAGCUCAGGUGGGAGAGCUAUCAUCCAAUUACUGAAAGUUUUGGCGGUUUGAUUCCCCUCUAUCCCUAGUAUGUCCAUUGUGUCCUUGGGCAAGACACUUCACCCACCUUGCUCCCAGUGUGUGUCCUCCACUGGUGUAUGAUUGUGAGUGUUGUGUGGUGGUGGUCGGAGAGGCCGUAGGCGCAAACUGGCAGCCAUGUUUCUGUCAGUCUGCCCCAGGGCAGCUGUGACCACUAAGGUAGUUUACCACCACCAGGGUGUGACUGUGUGAGUGAAUGAAUGAUGUAUCCAUUGUAAAGCACUUAGAGGGUUCCUGAUAAAGCGCUAUAUAAAAUCUGAUGCAUUAUUAUUAAAAAGAUAUGUGUUGUAUUUUUCAGGUAUGGAGGGCUUUGUUGAAGGAAAUGCCUCUCCAAUCACUGCUCAGGAUCUUGGGUAAGAUGACAUCAAAAAAAGUACUUGAGCCAGGGAGUUCAGAAACACAAGCUGUCUGUGAAAGAAUCCAGAGUGAGACAGUACUAAAGAAGGUACAAACCUUGAAAAGAUUCAACGCAUAUUCACAAGGUUUUUUUUUUUUUUUGGUCAAAUAUUGAUUUUAUCUGUGUUUCUUUUUAAACAGGCACAAAUCCAUCCUUUCAGUAUUCUGUUGGCCAUGGAAAACUAUAAAAGAGGCCAAGGCUAUCAGGGUAAAACAAAGUGGGAACCAGACAGCAGCAUCCUCAAAGCAAUGGACUCUGCUUUUUACAAAAGUUUUAUGGUAGGCUAUGUUUUACAUUUUACUUUGACAGCAUUUUAAACCACCUGAGAAGUUGCUCAUCUGUAACAGCAUUAACACUAAACAUUCCGGUUAUAUUGUCUUCAGAACGUGGAGCCUGUUGGUAAGCGCUUUGUUGUGGCCGUUGAUGUGAGCACAUCACUGAGCAGCAUCGUCCCAGGGACAUCAAUCAGCACGGCUGUUGCUGCUGCAGCUAUUACUAUGGUAAGACCACACGAUAGAUGGGUUUCCACUCUGUGGGUAAUGAUUGCUCUGACUGGAGUGGAAUUCCCUCAUAAAGAGGAAUAAUCAGGAAGACUAACAAUGACUGUUUAUGUUUUGAAACAGCUUUUCUAAUGACUUUGGUUUCUUGUGCAGAUUUUUGCAAGGACAGAGGCAGACACAGAUGUGCUGGCUUAUUCUGAAGGAGCUGUGGUCCCAUGCUCCAUCACUGCUGACAUGACUCUGUCAGAGGCAACAGUUGAGCUGGUGAAGGUAAGGCAUGUUUAGACAUCAAAAAUGAUUACUCUGUUACACUUUCUGUGCUACUGCAAUCAAGUAAUUUUACCAACUGUUUAACAAGCAAAGGGCAGUCUAAUAAUAAGCCAGCAUUGUUUUUUGCACCAUUCUCCCUGAAUUCCCUUCAAAACUGUUUUUUAACUUUUUAUCUUUCUCCUCAUCUCAGAUCCCAAGUGGGAGCACAGACUGCACUCUUCCCAUCGCGUGGGCUACAGAGAACGAGAAAGCAGUCGAUGUUUUCAUCAUUCUAACCAACAACCCACUAUGGAUGUUUGCUGCUAGCCCUGUGGAUACUUUAAAGAAACAUAGACAAGUACGUUAGAAAAGGACACAAUCAUUAUUCCGUGAAUAUAUGACCUAGACUGCUAUUGAUAACUAAGAAACAUUUGUCUAUCUUGGUGCUGAGUCCGAAAACUGUAAAUGGUAUGUUUUGGGUUUCAACACACUCAGCCACUCCCUUUAGUAAUUUCUCUUUUCUCUUGAAUGACAGAGGAAUUAAUGGACAAUUUAAAAACAAAAAUUAUGAGAAACCAUACACAAAACAAUUUAUGAAUAUUUAUUUAUUUAUUUUUACAGAAAUCAGGAGCCAAUUCGAAGCUGUUGAUGUGCGGGCUGACUUCCAUUGGACAUGCCAUCGCUGACACGGAAGACAGGGGUUUACUGAGCAUCUGUGGUUUCGACCUUGGAGCUCUGAGCGUCAUUCGUAAUCUAGCCCAGGAUCUGUUCUGACAAAGCAUAGGGACUGUCUCUGAGUUAUGACUGUAGAGUUCAAAAACAAAGGCACAAAGUGGACCAAGGUGGCUCACUAAGCAUGUAGAGUGCCCUAAAACAGCACUAAUCCAAAAGAUGUUGACAUUUACAAUUGCAGUUCUCCUUUUGUAUUAUGUGGCUUACAGGUCAAUUGACGAAGUGUCCAGCGGGCUGGGCAACACACUGGAGAACUGAUGUGCUUUUAUUUUAUUCUGAAACAUGAAAGGAGGUUCAUGGACAUGAUAUGUAGGUGUAUGUCAGGCUGUCAGGUGUUUAAGUGCAAACAGCUCCCUGUAUGAUGGACUGUUAAAUGCUCUGAUGGUUUGUGGUGAGACACAACUCUUUUUGACAAUAAAUUCCUCUCAUUAAAAAAAAAAAAUGCUGGCAAACGAAACAAGAGGAACAAUGCAAGAGUCUGAAUGUUAGCGGUGAGAGCAACUGUAGGUUUAUUUUAAGGAGAAUUAUGGUAGUUCCUAAUAUGUGUACAAGAUAUGACUUUAGCAGGUUUGAUGUGAUGGUAGAAGUAUUUUCCAUUUGAAAGCCUGUCCCUUUCGUAUGUAGCAUUUUAUGAUAAAGGGUUUAACAGACAUACUGUAAAGAGAAAACGAAAUGAAGCACCAAAAGCAGAGAAACUGCAAUGUAUUCUACCGUCUUUAAAAUCACAUUUGUUGAUUCAUUUGAUCACAAAUAUUUUUGUAUUAUUUUUAAUGUUUCCAAAUUCACUUGCUGGAGUCUUGCCUUUAAUCAAGAUCCAAUUUUUAGCUGUUGUGUUAACAUUCCCCCCUUAAAGCCAAAUUUAUUUUAAAUGUCUGUUCUGCUCUUGUCGAACUUCCUCUGUAAGAGAAAAUGCCCUUGGUGCUCUUAAAUGUCACUAUAUGUUUUUUGUUGGAAUAUUUGGGAUAUUUUUGAAGUUUGUUAGUCAGUUUACUGUAACUUGGAGAAAUAGAUUGGUUGUCAUAUUUAGCCGGAUUUUUUUGCGUUACAUUAGUAUUUCACUGUAUUAUAAUGUCCUGGAAGGAGCAAAAUUUAGCUAUCUAUUUAAUAACUGUUUACCAGGACAAAGACUGUCAGUAAUGUUUCCGUUUUAUGUGAGAAUGUUCAUUAUGCAAAAACUAACCGUAAUUUGCCACCUUCCCAGAUUGAAUGGAUUGAAUGUACUUUUUAUUUUACUGUGUCGCGAUUUAAGUUAGAAUGCUUUAUUUCCUCAGACACAGAUUAGACAUGGUGCAUACAAAGUUAAGGGGCCAAUUUUGUGGAAAGGCAAAUAAACGCAACAGUGAUGCUUCUUGUUUUAGUCCAAAGCAUUCUCUAAUCAAUCAUUCUGGUCUAGUUCACUUCUUACGAAGACAGAUUUCUGACCAUAUAACUGUGAAGAAGUUUUCCUUUUUUCAUUCAUGCAGAUACUGUCACAUUCAGUGUUAAGACAAUGUCCGUUAUCUCUUUGUUGAAGGUCAAAACGCUAUAAUAAUUGUAUAAAAUAUUCAUUUGUUGAAAGUCUGGCACGAAAGGUAGUAAUUAUGAAGUAUGGUAGUUCACAAGUGUUUUACCACCAUGAUUAACUUCUUUUCCCUUAUCUUGCCCGCUGUAUCCACUUGUUUAACAUCCAAGUACUUGACUGUAGUGGCAAUGUAAACCCUCAAUAAACACUUUGCUGCUUUUUGAAUAGUACUGCCUGCUGCA